AUGUGGGGACCUCAUCAGCGGCCCGGGGAUCAAACCAGCGCUCCAGAGCCUGAGGAUUGUGAGUGUUGGAAGCAUGUUAAAGGCUACCAUUAUAUCAUUGCAAACUUGGGAUUCAAGGACAUUUCUCUUGAGAGAUUUAUACAUGGUGGGGCCAAUGUGACAGGAUUCCAGUUGGUAGACUUUAAUACACCUAUGGUAACCAAGCUUAUGGAUCGCUGGAAGAAACUAGAUCAGAGGGAGUAUCCAGGAUCUGAGACUCCACCAAAGUACACAUCUGCUUUGACUUAUGAUGGAGUCCUUGUGAUGGCUGAAACAUUCCGAAAUCUUAGAAGGCAGAAAAUUGAUAUUUCAAGGAGAGGAAAUGCUGGAGAUUGUCUGGCAAAUCCUGCUGCUCCAUGGGGACAGGGAAUUGACAUGGAGAGGACACUCAAACAGGUUCGAAUUCAAGGACUCACAGGAAAUGUUCAGUUUGACCACUAUGGACGUAGGGUCAAUUAUACCAUGGAUGUGUUUGAGUUAAAGAGCACAGGACCUAGAAAGGUUGGUUAUUGGAAUGACAUGGAUAAAUUGGUUCUGAUUCAAGAUGUACCCACUCUUGGCAAUGACACAGCAGCUAUUGAGAAUAGAACAGUGGUUGUAACCACAAUUAUGCCUCUGAUGAAGAAUCCUAUUUUAAGAAAUUGAUCAAGAAAGAAAUGAGUUCCACGCGGUUCGACCAUUCCUAACUAAGGCGCGAGUCUCGUUCUACGGGGUAGUAAAUUUAAGCUAAUUUUUGAUGUGGGAUUCUUCCUGGAUCACCAAACUCUGGACUACCAGAAAAAAAAUUUUAAGUUCUGUGACUUUUCUGAGAUAUUAGAACAAAGAAGAAAUAAACCUCAUCUUUCUCAAAAUAAAUACUUGUUGAAAAAGAAUCACUUAGUGAUUCUUACAUUAACUCCCGUAUCUUGAAAUGAGGUCAUUGUACAUAAAUGAUGAAAUUAUAUAUCACUCUUAAUUAUAAGGAUAGAU